AAGUAAAACCUCUUAGAAAAGCAUACAGAUGUCUUUGCCAUCAAAUCAGUAACUAUCUAAAAACUAAAAAGAAAUGGGGCUUCCCAUUGGAGCGGUAAAGUUGAUACUGUCAGAAAUUGCGGACUGGAAAAGGAAUGCCAAAAGUGAAGCUGUGGAAAUUAGUGAUAUUAGUGACGAAAGAGACAAAAGUGAUACGGAUAUCCUCGAUGGGGCAGGUAAGACUCUUGAUGCCUUCCUGAAACUUUCUAACACACCGGGACUUAAAGGCAGUCCCCUUCCAAAGUCCAGUCCGUUCAUGGACCCGCAACCUAUACUGACUAUGAGAGCCAAGCAGGUAAGCGGACCAUAUUACCCUGUGCUGUUGCCGCUUCUACGCUCUGUCUAGAGUAGCGCUUGCCUUUGGCUCUUUUCGCUUAUUUUAUUUCUUAGGUGGAAUUCUUUCCGGUCUUUUCGUUAUUUUCCGGUAAACGUGCCACGCCAUUUGCUUGAUGAUUCAAGCUCUUUAUUUUGCAAAUACUUAGGUCCAUUAUUGCCCCACAUGGUGUUCUUACCGUAUGUGCAUGGACAUUAUAUAUGGGAAAAUAAACAUGAAAAACCAAUGCUGUGACACUCUUUGGUUAUACUAGCUGUAUUUCAGACAGCAUAGUAAGAACACCAUCGUGCAUCUUCUGGACUCGGCUUCCCGUUUUGUGUUUGUAUCUGUAUGACUCGCCAAAUCAGAACACUGACUGAAAAAGGUAUGGCUCUUUUUGAGGAGAAAGUCGCAGAUUUUCAAAAGAGACUUAAACAGAAAUAUUCAGAAAUAUCUGUCAUAUUGGGCGAGGAAAUUUCAACAGAUAUAAGUGUGGUAAAAUUGAAUCAGCAUGAAGAAAAUUUGAAGAUAUUAUUCGAAACAUACAAAAAUACGGUUCAAACUCUUGAUACGUUUCUUGAUGCUACCAAAACUGACCAAAGUCGCAAAUUACAAGUGAACUUAGAAAACAUUUUGACCAUCAAAAUGAUGAAGUGAAUGAAUUUCUGUCUUUAAUUGAAAUUACUAAGCAGCAAUUACUUGAAAAAUUAAUGAAAAGCUGUCGUGUAUCAUCAAAACCAAGUUCACCAGACGUUUUAAGUGAUAUCACCUUUUAUAUGCUGAAAAAAGAACUCAUUGUUUCGAGAAUCGUUACUUUCAGUGACUCCGCAGAAAAUUACUUAGGUUGGAAAUCUACAUUCAAAAACGUCAUAAAUGAAUUGAGUGUAAACCCUGCUGAAGAAAUUGACUUAUUAAUAAAAUGGUUAGGCCCUGAAUCACGUAAAUAUGCAACUUCGCUUAAAUCGGUCUAUAUUAAACAUCCAGAUGAAGGUAUAAAGAAAAUUUGGCAGCGCCUUGAUGAAAGGUAUGGAUCUCCAGAAGCAGUCUACCAGAUUGUUUUGAAAAAACUUGAAAAAAUUUCAAAGUUAAACUCAUCUGAUACAACCAAAUGGUACGAUCUGGCUGAUAUUCUGUCAGAAGUUGAUGCUUUAAAGAAUGACAUGGCGUAUUCAACUGCCCUGGCUUGUUUUGAUUCAUCCGUUGGUAUUAUGCCAGUUGUCGCAAAACUGCCAUCUAAUCUACAAGAAAGGUGGGCAACGAAGGUGUACCACUACAAGGAGGCUCACUCUGUGCUUUAUCCUCCCUUUGGUGAAUUUUGUAAAUUCAUUAACGAGCAGUCUAAAAUCCGUAACGAUCCCAGUCUUCUCCAGGCCGGACCUACUCACAGUCCUGGCCAGUCUAGUCAAAGCAACAUAGGUGCGAGAUACCGAAGGCCAGUGGUAACCAGAAAAACAGAUGUAUUUAGUGAAAAUUCUAGAAAUCUUGAAAAAAUAUUGUUUACUACAUAG